AUGAUCCGCGUGGACGAGACUGACCCGGUGGGAGAGAUCGAGCCCAGCUUCCCCUACAGGGACGUGACGGUGCGUCGUGGUGUCGAGUUCAAGGACGAUUAUGACAUUCAGGCGGAGCUCGGACGGGGUAAGUUCGGAAUCGUUUACCGAUGCAAGGAGAAAAAGGGCGGCUUGAUGCUCGCUGCGAAAGUGGUGAACGUCAUGAAGAAGGAAGACAGACGGGCCGUGCAGAGGGAAGUCGAGAUCAUGCGACGCCUGCAGCACCCGCGAUUGAUCCAGCUUUACGACUCCAUCGACGCGGGGAAGCAGAUCUACGUCAUUCUAGAACUGAUCGACGGUGGCGAACUCUUCGAGAGAGUGAUAGACGACGAUUUCGUGCUGACGGAGCGCAGCUGCGCCGUUUUUAUGCGGCAAAUAUGCGAGGGGAUAGAGUUCAUGCACGGCCAGAAGAUUUUGCAUCUCGAUCUGAAGCCUGAAAAUAUCCUGUGCCUGACGAAGGAGGGCAACAGAAUCAAAAUCAUAGACUUCGGUCUGGCGAGGGAAUACGACCCGAACAAGAAGCUGCAAGUGUUGUUCGGCACACCCGAGUUUGUUGCCCCGGAGGUCGUGAAUUUCGAUCAAAUCGGCUUCGGCACCGACGUGUGGAGUAUAGGCGUCAUUUGUUACGUCUUACUGUCUGGUUUGUCACCGUUCAUGGGCGACACGGACAUAGAAACGAUGGCCAACGUCACCAUCGCCAAGUACGACUUCGAUCACGAGGCCUUCGCCGAGAUCUCCGACGACGCGAAGGACUUCAUCAGAUGCGUGCUGGUGAAAGACAAGGAAAAGCGAUUCACGGCGACGCAAUGCCGGGAGCACCGCUGGCUGGCCCGCAAGACGAACGCUAGGACGGAGAAGGAGGUCGUGGGGCUGGAGGAGGCCAAGCGGAAAGCCCUGAUCGAGAAUCGACCGUCGAUCGUGGCCGAUAACAAAGACGAGCUGGACGUGACGAAGGACAAUCUCCGGCUGUUCGUCGAACGUUGGCGGGAACACCCGGACAGCCCGUACACGAUCGACACGUAUCACGCGCUGCCGAGGAAUCCGGCUCGCGAGCGCGACGAGUCGGUGUCCCUGCGGGCCCACAGCCCCUCCCCCUGCGACAGCCUUCCCAGCAGCAGCGCGCCGUCGGAGAAGGUGCCGAUCCGAGAGAAUCCCGGCAAUCUGUUGUCCGUGCCGAGUCUCAGCCUGUCUUUGGAGAGGAGAGCGUCCGAGGGCGUAGCGAUGCGGCACCGCCGCGACCCCGCCAGUCAGAUCGCCCUCGCCGAGGAGAUCAUCAAACUGUCGGAGCACCUGCGCGCGAUCGCCCUGGGGGAGUCGCGCGUGAGCGAGGAGGGAGAGAGCCAGCGCUCCGCCAGGAUGAAGCUCGCCGAGAACGGCAGGUACGCGAAGAGCAGCGUCACGCUGUCCGUGUCUCGCAACGAGGAGACGAACGAGAUCACGGAGAAGCUGUCCAACAUCGCCCGGCAGCGGAAGCUGAACGGGACGACCUUCCACAGCAGCCGCAGCUUCGACAGGUACACGCAAGACACCAGCCCCGGGAACGUGUUCGUGGCUCUGAGGAGGACCAGCAUCGGCGACGGCGAGACCUCGCCGUCUGAGAGGCGCAAGGGUAGGAAGUACUCCGUCGAGCAGGCGACGAUCUCCGAAACGGUCGAGGGAGACUUCAACGGGCAGGCCGCGAGCAAGAGGAGCAGCGGCUCUUCUGCCUUGAAGGAGGAGAACGAGGAGUUGGAUAUGUCGCCACCGUGGCGACGUUCGCGAGUCAAGCGAUCCUUCGGCGAGACCAGCCGGGACGUGCCGCGGAUAUCGAACCUGCGGGACCUGCACAAGAAUCUGAACCUCGACGAGCCGAGCAGCGCGAAGGACCUGCUGUUGCACUUGUUGGGCGAGUGGGACGAGGUGACCGCGACGCCCUGCGCCGGCGCCGGCAGGAAGUCCGUCAGUCUGGACUGGUGCGCCGGGGACUCGGUCGCCAGGAGGACGAUGAACUCGUUGGCCGAGUACUUCCAGUCGAAGCAGCAGGAGAGCACGCAGCCCCCCGACCACGUCGCGUCCUCCACGUCGAUAUAUCGCUGAACGAAGAACGCGCGUCAGGGGCUGACGCGUCCACGGGUCACGCGCGGCGCACGUGGCUUCGAUCGGGGAAAACGCACGAAACGUCGUUGUAACACGCGGUAUUUUUAUUCGGUCGUAAAUCUCGCUUCGGAGCGACGCGCCUCGGCGCUCCUCAGAUGAAAGAGGCGCGCAUCGCGGAGACGCCUGAGACGCGAUAAUCCCCUCGAUGAUAAAUAUAACGGGCCUUGGUGUUUUUAUAGUAUACUUUAGUGGACGGAUCGAGAAUGUGGGAUCGAUGGAAACUCGGUUUCGCGAAUUUCCCCAUCUUCGCGCAGCCGGAGAUCAACUUCACCGACCGUCGAAUUCCCUCCGGUGCUUCUUUCCAUUCCCGGCUGUUCGUCUCGACCCGCACUGGGGACGAUUGUUUCCCCGGGGAAAAAUUGUCCAUAUGUAAUUGCAUGUAACAUUAUCUAAAGAGAGGUAGAGAAAGCGUCAUAUAUAGAAUAUGUCCAUGCGCAAAAAUAUAUAACUAAAUAUGAAGUGAUAUAGUUACAUAUGAUUAUAUAUA